AUGCCCGCACAGGACGACCACGAUGACCACGACGAGGAAUAUAUCGAGGCGCUGGCGUACCACAACAAGGAGGCCAAGGACGACAGUGACGACUACGUCGCAUGCAUUUUCCAGGAAUGGCAGUUGGCCAUGGCGGAGGGCCGGGAGUUUGAGUACCCAGACAACAUGACGGACGACGAGAUCGCGAGACUCGGCGUCCUCAUCUCGGAGGUGGACCGACCAGUGCAACCACCGCUGCCCCGGUACGCCACCGGCAUCAUGCCGCCGGGCCUCUCGGAGGAAGAAGCCCUACGACUGGGGCUACAGGACUCGGCCACGCCACCGGUUCAACCGUCGCCUCCACCUCCGCCGUACAACCCGUGGGGGCCUCCACCUCCGGCCUGGGUUCCUCCACCUUCGCCACAGGUCUGGGCUCCUCCACCUCCACCAGAGCCUGGGCUCCUCCACCUCCAGUACUGCCGGUGCACCUGGCGUAUGUUCCGCCGCUUUCCAACUGGCCGUGGGUGGUACCGGAGUUCAUCGUGA